AUCGUGGAUACCUUCUUCAUCGGCCGCUUCAUCCUGCUGGCAGUGAUGAGCCUGGUGUUCCUUGGGUGCCUGUUCCUGCUCCUGAUUUACCACCUCAUGGAGCCUGUGUAUGCCAAGCCACUCCACAGCAACUAG